AUGCGUUGGUUACUCGUAAGUCAUGAUGAAAAUUCCAUCUCGAAACAAUGUGGAGAUAUAUUAGAACUAGCUGGACAAAUAGUUCUCUACAAUUAUCAUCAUGGUAAAUCAUCAAUAGAAGAAAUAAAAGAUAUAAUUAAUAAUGAUAAACCUGAUCGAAUUAUUGUUAUAAUAAAUGAAAAAAUUUCUUCAAAACUUAUUAAUACAAUCAAUGAUCAUCUUUUAAUUCCUCUCUAUGUAGCACAAACUACAAUGAAUUCUUAUUCACCUAUACCUAUACUUUUAUUAACAUGUACAACAAAUGAUAAUAAUUUAAAUAUAAUUCAAAAUGCAACUGAUCAAUUAGUUAAUAUUUAUCCAAAUAUCGUCAAUGCAAAACUUCUGACACCAAUUAGUGAUGAAGAUUUAAAUGAAAAUUAUUUUGAAUCAUUAUGG